ACCACAACUCAGGUACCAGGUGCCACAGCGCAAGAAAGACACCAUGCCUAGCGAUACUACCACAUUCAAGGGCAAGCCCUUUGAGCGCGCUGCUUUCGAGCAGCUCAUGAAGCACAAGUACUUCUAUGCGCCCUCGUUCGACAUCUACGGUGGUGUCGCCGGUCUCUACGAUUACGGCCCACCCGGUUCCGCACUCACUGACAAUAUUGUUGACAUAUGGCGGGAACACUUCGUGCUCGAGGAGGACAUGCUCAAGGUCGACCCCACUAUCCUCACCACACAUGAGGUUCUCAAGACGUCUGGUCACGUCGACAAGUUUGCAGACUGGAUGUCCAAGGAUCCCGAUAGUGGCGAGAUUUUCCGUGCCGAUCACUUGGUCGAGGAGGUGCUCGAGGCCAGGCUAAAGGGCGACAAGGAGGCACGCGGCCAAAAGGUAGAGGUUGAGGAGGAAGACCCAAAGAAGAAAAAGAAGAAGGUCAAGAACAUUGCUGCGGUGAAGCUCGACGAUGCCAUGGUACAAGAGAUUGAGGAAGUCCUGGCCAAGAUCGACAACUACGACGGCAAGGAGCUCGGCCAGCUGAUGGAGAAGUACAACAUCAAGAACCCCACAACCAAUGGCCCACUCCUGCCUCCGACCGCCUUCAACCUCAUGUUCGAGACGGCCAUUGGUCCAUCCGCCAACUUGCCCGCAUACCUACGACCUGAGACCGCCCAGGGCCAGUUUGUAAACUUCCAGAAACUGCUGGACCACAACAUGCAGCAAAUGCCUUUUGCUUCCGCAUCCAUCGGCAAGUCUUUCCGAAACGAAAUCUCCCCCCGCCAAGGUCUGCUCCGUGUUCGCGAGUUCCUCAUGGCUGAGAUUGAGCACUUUGUCGAUCCCGAAGGCGGCAAGAAACACCCGCGAUUCGAUGAGGUCAAGGAUGUUGAGCUCGAGCUGCUCAACCGGGACGUCCAGCUUUCCGGCAAAACCACGGUUGAGACGACAAAGAUUGGAAAGGCAGUUGAGACUGGUAUUGUAGACAACGAGACGCUGGGCUACUUCCUGGCCCGCAUCCAGCUUUUCCUCUUGAAGAUUGGUGUCGACCCCAAGAAGAUUCGUUUCAGGCAGCACAUGGCCAACGAAAUGGCACAUUACGCAGCAGACUGUUGGGAUGCCGAGCUACUCACAUCAUACGGCUGGAUCGAGUGCGUUGGCUGCGCUGACCGAAGUGCGUACGAUCUUUCUGUGCACAUGAAGAGGACUGGCGCACCCUUGAUUGUCCGUGAGACAAGAAAAGAGCCUCUGCAGAUUGAGGAGUGGCAAUGCGAUCUCGACAAGAAGCGGUUUGGACCCAAGUUCAAAAAGGACGGCAAGACGGUCGAAGCCGCCAUCGAUGCCUUGUCGCAAGAAGUACGCGAGAAGCUGUCGCUAGACUUGGAAAAGGAGGGCAAGAUUGUGAUUGAUGUUCCUGAGGUCGGUAAUGGCAAAGUUGAAAUACCAAAGGAACUCAUCACUAUCGAAAAGCGCACCAGGGUAGAGACGAUGCGGGAAUACACACCCAACGUCAUUGAGCCAUCGUUUGGUAUCGGUCGCAUAUUCUACGCGCUCUGUGAGCACGUAUACUGGACACGUGAGCAAGACGAAGCCCGUGCUGUCCUCUCGUUCCCCCCAGCGGUUGCACCGACAAAGGUGUUGAUCGUGCCUCUCAGCUCAAAUCCCGACUUUGAGCCUUUUGUUCGAAAGCUCAAGGACAAGCUGCGAAGACUCGGCAUCUCCAACCGCGUCGAUGCUUCGGGUGCAUCAAUAGGCAAGCGAUAUGCGCGUAACGAUGAGCUUGGCACUCCCCUCGGUAUCACUAUCGAUUUCCAGUCGAUCAAAGACAACACCUUCACGCUACGAGACCGGGACACAACAGAGCAGGUUCGCUCAAGCCUGGACGAGAUUGCAAAGGCUAUUGCCAAUAUCGUAAAGGGCGAGGAGAAAUGGUCAGAUGUUGCAGCACGGUUACCCAAGUUUGAGGGUCAAGAGGUGGAUUGAGAAGGGUGAAGAGGAUGCGCAAAAUCUGGGCUGUUAAUUGACCAUCUUCAUGGUCCACGCAUGUAGUGGCUAGAACAAAAUGUCUUGGGCGCAUAAA